AUGGGUCACAAUUCCCAAGCUAAUACCCUUCAAAGAAGAGCAAGAUGCUGGGGUAUUUUUCGAAGGAGAUUUCCAAAUUGGUCUGAACCAGUCAGUGCUGCCAUGAAUAUUUCAUCCCACCAGCAGCAAGAAGGAGAUUCAGCCAUGAGUGAUGCCCACAUGGAUUCUGGAGUUAGAUACACUCCCUAUGUCAUCCCAUCCCAUCAUUGGAGAAGCAAUUUAUACAAACAAGACCAGACCCAUGGUAAUACGGAAAGGGUGCAAAAACCUCCAGAGCGAAGAACCGAGGGAAACAGGCAGAAUGGAACCUUGGGGAGCUGGUUCAAGAUCACAAUUCCAUUUGGCAUAAAAUAUGAAGAGAAGUGGCUGCUGAAUUUGAUUCAGAGCCAGUGCAGUCUCCCUUUUACUCCGGUUGAGUUUCACUAUGAGAAAAUGCAGGCCCAGUUCUUUGUUGAGAAUGCCAGCAUUGCCUUCGCGUUGAAGAAUAUUGGUGAUAAGAUUCGGGAUGACGAUAAUGAAAAGAUAUCAAUCUUUGUCACUCCUUCUGAGGUACCCUGCUCUAUUAAGGAUCUGCAGUCAGAAAAGGUAGAGCAAGUGAAGUUAACCAUGAACAAACAAUGUGAUGCCUCCCAUCAAGCUCUUGACAUUCAGAGACCCCCUGUUGAACCAAACUUGAUGACCCACGCUAUUGAAAUGGCACCGAAUCCUAGAAAGCACAUGGUUACUUCCUUGAAUAUUCCUGAAGAGAACAAACCCAAUGUGAAGUCUGCAGGGAAGAUGGACAGCGGGAAAGGGCUGGAACCAGAAGAGAUGUGUGCAGACAGAAACUCUCUGUGCACCACCUUCCUGGAUAAGUCCAACAACAUGAAGUCAGUUGUAACCUUUGCUACCCACUGGGACUUCAGCUGCCCCUGA